AUGUAUGCAGGAUCCGAUCAGCCUUCCGGCCACCGUGGAGACACACCCCGACUCCGGGCCGCUUGCGAGAAUUGCAGACAAUCAAAGGUGAAAUGCAACCUUUCUGGAAAGAGUACCUGCAUCCGGUGUCUUCGUCACGGGCUCCCUUGUCGAUAUCGACUCGCCAAUCGGUCAGGAAAACCCAAGGGCAGUAAGAACAGAGCCACGUUGAAGAAGCUGGGACAACUGCCGGACGAGAAGCCUGUAUUACGUGCUUUGAAGGGAAAGCAUAACCCAGACACCGUCAUGGACAACCAUAGUCGCUCGACAUGCGAAAGGACUCGAGUGCUUCAGAGCAAUGAGGAAAACUUCCACGAGAGCCCUAGUAGCCAGGACACCAACCUCACGGCUGACGCGUCCACAUCCGUGUUCGCAUAUUCUUCCUUUCAAAAACCGCUGCCACCUGCAGAUACAGUAUAUAUGCAAGCGUCUAUGUCACCGACGUUUCUUCAAAAGGAGUUCAUCACCAAAGGCCUCACGAGCUGUCCCCUCGCAGUCCACAUUCCCGAUGCACCGCAACCGACGUGUGCAUGUGGAGGAACAGUGGUGUUUCAUAUGAACCAGCUGAGGGACAUGAUGGCCAACGCCGGCCAGCUGCGACUCGAUCAGAUGCUGCAGGGAAUCAAGGUAGCUCUGUCCGUCUGCCAAGGAUUCCUGCAAUGCAGAAAUUGCCCAAAAGACAGCACUAGUCUGCUGUUACCUAUCUCUACGGUAGACUUUACACUGCAAUUAUUCGAAUACUGGAUAUCGUACGGGCUGGCGGCGCAGCAUUCAGUGGGAGCCGAGAGUGCAAGGACGAGAUAUGGAGACUAUGAACUGUGUUCGGAGGAAAGUUGGUGGAUCAGUCGCUUCCUGCUCCGUGCGCGACUCGUCCAGUGCAAGGAGAUGUUUGCUGUACUGCAGGAGGCGAUCGAUGCCUGCCUCGGAUCACCCUCCGGUCAUCUCGGGCAAGGGUGGUUGUACGAUGAGAACCGCGGCGGCAGCUGUCUCGAUCAGAUUCUUCGGGGGUACGAAGCAACUGUGGAAGCUUUCUUGCGUUGUUUAUCGGGUAAUGAUGUAUGA